AUGACGUCGACGGUCAACCCAAUUCUCCCCAACGAGCUCAUUCUGCGGGUCUUCGAUCACACCGUCCCGUCUGCUUUGGAAAUCGAUGUCGUCGUCGCCGACGACGAUCGGAUGAAGGAUGCUGUGGCAAACUUCCUUCACCAAACCAACAUCGAGGUGUUGCCCCAGAUCGCCAUUACCAACUCAUCAGAGUGGCGAUCAACCCGUGCCCUGCUUAACCUCAAUUUCGAAAUCGCUAGCCUCACAGGUAGAAGGUCCACCAUCGAGUGGCCCUCCACACUGAACGUCGGCUUCGACAACGUCGUUCAGCGAUCGUCUGUUACCAACAGUGCGCCAGACAUGGUCCUUGCCAAGUUUAAGCUUUUCACCGCGACCAUCCCGAUUGUCAUCAGAUACGGACGUCAUGGACGUCGUACCCUCAUCGGUAAACUCGUUCUGAAGUACGAACGCUCGGGACAAGGAUGGACUCACCAGGCGGAUGAUGCAGCAUGGAUCUCAAUCACCGGAGGAGAAUCCGAAGCUCGCUUCUCAGCCGCUGGGUUGGCCGCCUCUGGAAGAGAAGGAGUUCUAGCACGAUCAACAAAUGUGCUUGCGAAUGGUAUCAACCACGGUCUACCCAACGAUCUACCGAACUCGAGCUUGAGUUUGGUCUGGCUCUCACGAUUCCGAAAGCACGUGGAGGAGAGGAUCUCUCUUGCUUCCCGCAGGGUCGCGGGCUCAGACUUCGUGCCAAGGGGGUUCAAUCUGCGACUGUUUGCAUACAGUCUCGAACGGGUCUCGACGGUUGAGAAGAAUGCGGCCGAGAUGCGUGCAAGGCACCCAUCACGCCGCGUCUUCGGGCGACCGACUUGA